CUACUGCCCACUCCCACAUAUGCUCCCCUCUCCCUAACCUGUCGUGGAGACACUGUGCUUCUCUGCAGGGCUCCAAAAACAGCCAGUGUUUCUAUCUUCUAAGCCCAAACUGCACCUCUGUUGUCAGGACUUCACCACAGAGGUGGUCCCCCCUCUGCUUCAGACAGUCAGCUGGGCAUCCUGCAUCUGGAGCUACCGAACUAUGGAGCUGCAGAAGCUCUCAAACGGGAACCACCACCCGGAGGCUGCCAUGCCUGUGGAUGGAGGAAUCCCACCAGAGGAGGAAAAGUUCCUGCAACACAAGAGUGAUGGAUCAAAGAGACCUCAGUUCACAGAUUUUGAGGGUAAAACCUCCUUUGGGAUGUCUGUCUUCAACCUGAGCAACGCCAUCAUGGGCAGCGGCAUUCUGGGUCUGUCCUACGCUAUGUCCAACACCGGCAUCGUCCUCUUCCUGAUCCUGCUGACAUGUAUCGCCUGUCUGUCCUGUUAUUCCGUCCAUCUGCUUCUACGUAGUGCUGGAGUUGUGGGUAUUCGUGCCUAUGAGCAGCUCGGCAUGAGAGCUUUUGGUCAUCCAGGAAAGAUAGCAGCAGCUGUAAUCAUCACACUGCAUAACAUUGGAGCCAUGUCCAGCUACCUGUUCAUAGUCAAAUCUGAGCUACCGCUGGUCAUCCAGGCCUUCCUCGGCGAGACGUCCAGCUCUGACAACUGGUUCAUGAAUGGAAACUACCUCAUCAUCAUCGUCACUGUGUGCAUCAUCCUCCCCCUGGCCCUGAUGAAACACCUGGGGUAUCUUGGUUAUACUAGUGGCUUCUCUCUCUCCUGCAUGGUGUUCUUCCUCUCUGCGGUCAUCUACAAGAGAUUUAACAUUUCUUGCCCUCUGGAAGUAUUUGGCAACUAUUCUGUGAAUGCAGACAUCCCAGAGGACACGUGCACUGCCAAACUCUUCACCAUCAACCAAGAGACGGCGUAUACCAUUCCCAUCCUGGCAUUUGCUUUUGUAUGUCACCCGGAAGUGCUUCCCAUCUACACUGAGCUGAGCAACCCAACCAAGAGAAGAAUGCAGAAUAUUGGCAAUGUUUCCAUCCUGGGCAUGUUCAUCAUGUACUCCUUCACUGCCACAUUUGGCUAUCUGACCUUCUACGAGAACACUGAAGCAGAGCUGCUCCACACCUACAGUAAGGUGGACCCCCUUGACAUCCUGAUCCUGUGUGUGCGGCUGGCCGUCCUGGUGGCCGUCACUCUGACUGUCCCCGUGGUCCUGUUUCCUAUCCGUCGAGCCCUCCUGCAGCUGCUGUUUCCAGGGAAACCCUUCCACUGGCUGCGUCAUAUCGCCAUCGCCGUGUGCCUGCUGUUCGUUGUCAACCUGCUGGUCAUCCUGGUUCCUAACAUUAGAGACAUCUUUGGCAUUACUGGGGCAACCACUGCUCCCAGUCUGAUCUUCAUCCUUCCUGGAUUGUUCUACAUUCGCAUCGUCCCCACCGACCAGGAGCCCAUGAACUCCAGACCAAAGAUCCAGGCUGCGUGUUUCACAGCGCUGGGUUUCAUUUUCAUGACAAUGAGCCUGACAUUCAUCGGGCUCGACUGGUCGAGCGGAGAAAGUCGUAGUCUCGGCGGCCAUUAACGCGAACCCCAAGUCCUACAGCGACGGCAGCCCAUGCUGCUCCCCUCUUCCAGAGCUCUGGAUGAGAAGCAAGAUUCAACUUUCUGCUGGAAGGCCCGGGGCUUUGGGGGACUGUUCUUAUUAAUCAUAAGGCCAAGCCAUUCCUCCAGAGUGAUGAGGAGCCCUGUCUUGUCCUGUCCCCCACCAGGUUGACAUUAAUAGUACCACCAGGAUCAGGUGGUGUUCAGACGAACAUGUUGACCAUGGAAGCCCUCAACCAUUCAAAGCUACUUGCCUUAACAGAGGCCAAAUAUGGUGUUGAAUUACAAAAAUAAAAACAUCUCCUUAAUUAUCAGCAAAGUUUGAUGGAGCAAGUAUAUAUGGUCUGUGCUUGAAAAUGCUAUCCAGAAAAAGAUCCCAUCCUGGUGUUUAACUUUAUUUCUGUUCAUCUGAGAGUAUGAGCUAACUGAACUAAUUUGCUUUAAUUGAAGCACUGUGUGUGGUGAUUCUGCAGGAUUUGGUGAACUGGAAAUAUCAUUUUGGCUUUCUAAUGGCCAAAGUCAGAUAUGAAGUGUAUGCAACUGUGAAACAAUUAAUUUCAUGACUCAUUCGUGAAUAUAUUCUGGAUAGCUUGUGUGGACAUUGUUUAAUAAAAAUCCAUAAAAUAUGAAA